UGUUGGUGGAAUGAGCGUUGCAUGUGUCUUGAAGAGAAAAGCAGUGCUUUGGCAGGACUCUUUCAGCCCCCACCUGAAACAUCACCCUCAAGAACCAGCUAAUCCCAACAUGCCUGUUGUUUUGACAUCUGGAACAGGGUCGCAAGCGCAGCCGCAACCAGCUGCAAAUCAGGCUCUUGCAGCUGGGACUCACUCCAGCCCUGUCCCAGGAUCCAUAGGAGUUGCAGGCCGUUCCCAGGACGACGCUAUGGUGGACUACUUCUUUCAGAGGCAGCAUGGUGAGCAGCUUGGGGGAGGAGGAAGUGGAGGAGGCGGCUAUAAUAAUAGCAAACAUCGAUGGCCUACUGGGGAUAACAUUCAUGCAGAACAUCAGGUGCGUUCCAUGGAUGAACUGAAUCAUGAUUUUCAAGCACUUGCUCUGGAGGGAAGAGCGAUGGGAGAGCAGCUCUUGCCAGGUAAAAAGUUUUGGGAAACAGAUGAAUCCAGCAAAGAUGGACCAAAAGGAAUAUUCCUGGGUGAUCAAUGGCGAGACAGUGCCUGGGGAACAUCAGAUCAUUCAGUUUCCCAGCCAAUCAUGGUGCAGAGAAGACCUGGUCAGAGUUUCCAUGUGAACAGUGAGGUCAAUUCUGUACUGUCCCCACGAUCGGAGAGUGGGGGACUAGGCGUUAGCAUGGUGGAGUAUGUGUUGAGCUCAUCCCCGGGCGAUUCCUGUCUAAGAAAAGGAGGAUUUGGCCCAAGGGAUGCAGACAGUGAUGAAAACGACAAAGGUGAAAAGAAGAACAAGGGUACGUUUGAUGGAGAUAAGCUAGGAGAUUUGAAGGAGGAGGGUGAUGUGAUGGACAAGACCAAUGGUUUACCAGUGCAGAAUGGGAUUGAUGCAGACGUCAAAGAUUUUAGCCGUACCCCUGGUAAUUGCCCGAACUCUGCUAAUGAAGUGGAUCUUCUGGGUCCAAACCAGAAUGGUUCUGAGGGCUUAGCCCAGCUGACCAGCACCAAUGGUGCCAAGCCUGUGGAGGAUUUCUCCAACAUGGAGUCCCAGAGUGUCCCCUUGGACCCCAUGGAACAUGUGGGCAUGGAGCCUCUUCAGUUUGAUUAUUCAGGCACGCAGGUACCUGUGGACUCAGCAGCAGCAACUGUGGGACUUUUUGACUACAAUUCUCAACAACAGCUGUUCCAAAGACCUAAUGCGCUUGCUGUCCAGCAGUUGACAGCUGCUCAGCAGCAGCAGUACGCACUGGCAGCUGCUCAUCAGCCGCACAUUGGUAUGUUUUCAGCAGGUUUAGCUCCCGCUGCGUUUGUCCCCAAUCCAUACAUCAUCAGCGCUGCUCCCCCAGGGACGGACCCCUACACAGCUGGAUUGGCUGCAGCAGCGACACUAGGCCCAGCUGUGGUCCCUCACCAGUAUUAUGGAGUUACUCCCUGGGGAGUCUACCCUGCCAGUCUUUUCCAGCAGCAAGCUGCUGCUGCCGCUGCAGCAACUAAUUCAGCUAAUCAACAGACCACCCCACAGGCUCAGCAAGGACAGCAGCAGGUUCUCCGUGGAGGAGCCAGCCAACGUCCUUUGACCCCAAACCAGAACCAGCAGGGACAGCAAACAGAUCCCCUUGUGGCAGCUGCAGCAGUAAAUUCUGCCCUUGCAUUUGGACAAGGUCUGGCUGCAGGCAUGCCAGGUUAUCCAGUGUUGGCUCCUGCUGCUUACUAUGACCAAACUGGUGCCCUUGUAGUGAAUGCGGGCGCGAGAAAUGGUCUUGGAGCUCCCGUUCGACUUGUAGCUCCUGCCCCAGUCAUCAUUAGUUCCUCAGCUGCACAAGCAGCUGUUGCAGCAGCCGCAGCUUCAGCAAAUGGAGCAGCUGGUGGUCUUGCUGGAACAACAAAUGGACCAUUUCGCCCCUUAGGAACACAGCAACCUCAGCCCCAGCCCCAGCAGCAGCCCAGUAACAACCUGGCAUCCAGUUCUUUCUACGGCAACAACUCUCUGAAUAGCAGUUCACAGAGCAGCUCCCUCUUCUCCCAGGGCUCUGCCCAGCCUGCCAACACGUCCUUGGGAUUCGGAAGUAGCAGUUCUCUCGGCGCCACCCUGGGAUCUGCCCUUGGAGGGUUUGGAACAGCAGUUGCAAACUCCAACACUGGCAGUGGCUCCCGCCGUGACUCCCUGACUGGCAGCAGUGACCUUUAUAAGAGGACAUCGAGCAGCUUGACCCCCAUUGGACACAGUUUUUAUAACGGCCUUAGCUUUUCCUCCUCUCCUGGACCCGUGGGCAUGCCUCUCCCUAGUCAGGGACCAGGACAUUCACAGACACCACCUCCUUCCCUCUCUUCACAUGGAUCCUCUUCAAGCUUAAACCUGGGAGGACUCACAAACGGCAGUGGAAGAUACAUCUCUGCUGCUCCAGGUGCUGAAGCCAAGUACCGCAGUGCAAGCAGCGCCUCCAGCCUCUUCAGCCCGAGCAGCACUCUUUUCUCUUCCUCUCGUUUGCGAUAUGGAAUGUCUGAUGUCAUGCCUUCUGGCAGGAGCAGACUUUUGGAAGAUUUUCGAAACAACCGGUACCCCAAUUUACAACUGCGGGAGAUUGCUGGGCAUAUAAUGGAAUUUUCCCAAGACCAGCACGGGUCCAGAUUCAUUCAGCUGAAAUUGGAGCGUGCCACACCAGCUGAGCGCCAGCUUGUCUUCAAUGAAAUCCUCCAGGCUGCUUACCAACUCAUGGUGGAUGUGUUUGGAAAUUAUGUCAUUCAGAAGUUCUUUGAAUUUGGCAGCCUUGAACAGAAGCUGGCUUUGGCAGAACGGAUUCGAGGCCAUGUCCUGUCAUUGGCACUACAGAUGUAUGGCUGCCGUGUUAUCCAGAAAGCUCUUGAGUUUAUUCCUUCAGACCAGCAGGUAAUUAAUGAGAUGGUUCGGGAACUAGAUGGCCAUGUCUUGAAGUGUGUGAAAGAUCAGAAUGGCAAUCAUGUUGUUCAGAAAUGCAUUGAAUGUGUACAGCCCCAGUCUUUGCAAUUUAUCAUCGAUGCAUUUAAGGGACAGGUGUUCGCCUUGUCCACACAUCCUUAUGGCUGCCGAGUGAUUCAGAGAAUCCUGGAACACUGUCUCCCUGACCAGACACUCCCUAUUUUAGAGGAGCUUCACCAGCACACAGAACAACUUGUACAGGAUCAAUAUGGAAAUUAUGUAAUCCAACACGUAUUGGAGCACGGUCGUCCAGAGGAUAAAAGCAAAAUUGUAGCAGAAAUCCGAGGCAAUGUACUUGUAUUGAGUCAGCACAAAUUUGCAAGCAAUGUUGUGGAAAAGUGUGUUACUCACGCCUCACGUACGGAGCGCGCUGUGCUCAUCGACGAGGUGUGCACCAUGAACGAUGGUCCCCACAGUGCCUUAUACACCAUGAUGAAGGACCAGUAUGCCAACUACGUGGUCCAGAAGAUGAUUGACGUGGCAGAGCCAGGCCAGCGAAAGAUCGUCAUGCAUAAGAUCCGGCCCCACAUCGCAACUCUUCGUAAGUACACCUAUGGCAAGCACAUUCUGGCCAAGCUGGAGAAGUACUACAUGAAGAACGGCGUUGACUUAGGGCCCAUCUGUGGCCCCCCCAAUGGUAUCAUCUGAGGCAGUGUCACCCGCUCUUCCCUCAUUCCCACUGACCUCACUGGCCCACUAGCAAAUCCAACCAGCAACCAGAAAUGUUGUAGUGUGGAGUCUGAGACAGGCAAAUGGUUGCUCCAGGAUUACUCCCUCCUCCAAAAAAGGAAUCAAAUCCACGAGUGGAAAGCCUUUGUAAAUUUAAUUUUAUUACACAUAACAUGUACUAUUUUUUUUAAUUGACUAAUUGCCCUGCUGUUUUACUGGUGUAUAGGACACUUGUACAUAGGUAACCAGUGUACAUGGGAGGCCACAUAUUUUGUUCACUGUUGUAUCUAUAUUUCACAUGUGGAAACUUUCAGGGUGGUUGGUUUAACAAAAAAAAGCUUAAAAAAAAAAAAAAAAGAAAAGGUUUUUAGCUCAUUUGCCUGGCCGGCAAGUUUUGCAAAUAGCUCUUCCCCACUUCCUCAUUUUAGUAAAAAACAAACAAAAACAAAAAAACCUGAGAUGUUUGAAUUUUAGUUAAAUGACCCCAAACUGGCAUUUAACACUGUUUAUAAAAAAUAUAUAUAUACAUAUACAUAUACAUACAUACAUAUAUAUAUAUAUAUAUAUAUAUAUAUAUAUAUAAAAUGAAAAAGGUUUCAGAGUUGCUAAAGCUUCAGUUUGUGACAUUAAGUUUAUGAAAUUCUAAAAAUUGCCUUUUUUGGAGACGAUAUUAUGCCGAAGAAGGCUGUUUGUGAGGAGGAGACGCGAGCACCCAGAGCGUCUUUUGAGGCUGGGCGGGUGUGAUUGUUUACUGCCUACUGGAUUUUUUUCUAUUAACAUUGAAAGGCAAAAUCUGAUUAUUUAGCAUGAGGAAAAAAAAUCCAACUCUGCUUUUGGUCUUGCUUCUAUAAAUCUAUAGUGUAUACUUGGUGUAGACUUUGCAUAUAUACAAAUUUGUAGUAUUUUCUCGUUUUGAUGUCUAAUCUGUAUCUAUAAUGUACCCUAGUAGUCGAACAUACUUUUGAUUGUACAAUUGUACAUUUGUAUACCUGUAAUGUAAAUGUGGAGAAGUUUGAAUCAACAUAAACACGUUUUUUGGUAAGAAAAGAAAAUUAGCCAGCCCUGUGCAUUCAGUGUAUAUUCUCACCUUUUAUGGGCGUAGCGUAUAGUGUUGUAUAUUGUAAAUUGUAAUUUCAACCAGAAGUAAAUUUUUUUCUUUUGAAGGAAUAAAUGUUCUUUAUACAGCCUAGUUAAUGUUUAAAAAGAAAAAAAUAGCUUGGUUUUAUUUGUCAUCUAGUCUCAAGUAUAGCGAGAUUCUUUCUAAAUGUUAUUCAAGAUUCAGUUCUCACUAGUGUUUUUUUAAUCCUAAAGUAAUGUUUUGAUUUUGUGACAGUCAAAAGGACGUGCAAAAGUCUAGCCCUGCCCGAGCUUUCCUUACAAUCAGAGCCCCCUCACCUUGUAAAGUGUGAAUUGCCCUUCCCUUUUGUACAGAAGAUGAACUGUAUUUUGCAUUUUGUCUACUUGUAAGUGAAUGUAACAUACUGUCAAUUUUCCUUGUUUGAAUAUAGAAUUGUAACACUACACGGUGUACAUUUCCAGAGCCUUGUGUAUAUUUCCAAUGAACUUUUUUGCAAGCACACUUGUAACCAUAUGUGUAUAAUUAACAAACCUGUGUAUGCUUAUGCCUGGGCAACUAUUUUUUGUAACUCUUGUGUAGAUUGUCUCUAAACAAUGUGUGAUCUUUAUUUUGAAAAAUACAGAACUUUGGAAUCUG